AUGACUACUCCGGUACGGCAGUCCACCGGGUCAGACGAGGACGACGAUGACAUGAAUAUUGAUGAGGGGCAAGAAUUACCACAUCUUACCGUGGAACAGAAUACUACAAGUGGAAGCCAAGGGGCACUUGCUACUGUUCUACGAGAUGCGACCAAUUGGCUCCCACAAGUCAAAUCCCUCAAGGAGACAGACGUCAUCAUUCUUCUUACGCCUGUGACCAUUCCUAUUAGCUCUGAUCCUACUGACACAAGCGAUCCUUUUGAGCCCCUAGGACGCUCGUUAGCGAAGAGACACUCUCGCAUUCGGCACGUACCUUACACCCAAAGGAAUGGUAUUACUUCAACUCACCUUGGGUUCAUAAAACGAGGGCAUGUUAUCAUACUUUGUUUCGCCCUGCGACCUGGCCAACAUAUCCAACUUGAAUUUGCAGAUAUUGCGCUGGCGGUCAGCGACAACAAACCUUGUAUCAUCGUGGUAUGUUGUACUCCGAUAGAUGCAAACCAAGUUAUUCCAUUUCCCACCGUUAUUCAGACGGCUGGAUAUACUCCUCCAGCCCUCGAAUCCACUGCUGCGUUGAUUUUCGGAGAGCAGCAGUCAGCAUUUCAAAGUGAUCCAUCACCAGCAGCCCAUUUUACAGACCCGCAGCGACCCAGAUUAUGGCCAGUCGAGCUGUGGAACGAGGUGCGGGAUGUUUCAAGUGUGCUGGAGUUAUGGAAUGAGAGUAUCAAUGGGCGCUUCAGUCUCGACCAGACAACACUCGCCUCUCUUCUCCGACGUCCAGGCUACGCCAAACAUUACGUUGUUCGAGACACAAAAAAUGGUGUGAUACUUGGUAUAUGUGCCACAUAUCUCUCAUACGUUGAUAAAGAAGGGGAAAAACUCAUCGCCUCCAUAGCAGCUCUCCUAGUCCGGUCCACGCACCGGCACUUAGGGAUCGGUCUGAGCUUACACAGCCACGCGGUUUCUCAGCUUAAAAAAACACGAGGUGUUAUACGUUUACAGUUCGGGAGUACUUUUCCGCGGAUUCUCUACGGGCCGCCUUCCGAUAUGAAUUUCAAUGAAGAGUGGUUCCGACGAAGGGGAUGGCACUUGGAUAAGGAUGUACCCGGACAGGGGCAAGCAAUAUAUGACCUCAUUUUGGACUUCAAAGAUUGGAAAUAUGGCAAAAAUAUUUCUCCAAUGCAGCUGCAAUUCAGGCUUUGUGCACAGGAAGAUAUGAUGAGAGUUCUUGAUCUUGUUGAGGGAUCUUCUGCGAGACGGGGUAAAAUGGGCUGGUUCGAUCAGUACUCAUCUUUAAUGAAUGGUCCCAACGUCAAAGAUAUUGUCAUAGCACUCGAAAACGACAAUAUCGUUGCCACAGCACUCACAUACACGCCAUCUUGUGGUAGCCCAAUUCCAUCAAAUCUACCGUGGGCCGCUCAAAUCUCCCCCGAUAUUGGUGGAGUAACUUGCAUUUGCCUCCCAAUUGAGAACAAUACGGUCAUGGUUGGCCUACUUGAUGCUUGCAUAAAGAAUCUCCAAAAUCAGGGUAUGAAGAGAAUGUUCAUUGACGGAAUAUCCAGUGAGCUAGAUGCAUUGAAGCAGCUAGGAUUCCUGGAAUGGGCGAAAUAUAAAGAUGUAUGGAAAGAUACAUAA